AUGGUGGGCAUGGCAACCAACCCCUUCCCUACUUCAUGGCAAACACAGGAAGGUGCUUCAAUUUGCACUAAUCAAGAACUAGACUACGAGCAUCCUCACUACCUCGGCAUUGAGGAGGUAGCGCUCGACGGCGUCGAGCUGGAGCUCGGCCCCCGGGCUCCCAAGGCGACCAAGGUCGACUACCUCAGCUCGCCGUACAACGCCUCAUGGCCGCCUGCGCAGGCCGACUUCGAGUCGUCGCGCGUCAGGAAGACGAAGCAGUUCCGCGACGUCCUUGAGACCUGCAAGCAGAAGGUGGAGGCCAUGGAGGCUUUGGAGCACUCGCCGCCUGUGUCCGGUGGUGGGUUCGAGGAACAAGCAGGUGAGGCUGUGGUCGCUGUGGGAGAUGUCGGGGGUGGUGGCGGUGGCAGCGGGGCUGACGGCAUGCGGCUCGUGCAGCUUCUUGUUGCAUGCGCCGAGGCGGUGGCGUGCCGCGACCGCGCACAGGCUGCGGCGCUGCUGCGCGAGCUCCAGGUCGGCGCGCCCGUGCACGGCACGGCGUUCCAGCGCGUCGCGUCGUGCUUCGUGCAGGGCCUGGCGGACCGGCUGGCCCUGGCGCACCCACCGGCGCUGGGCCCGGCGAGCAUGGCGUUCAGCGUCCCGCGCUCGUCAUGCCUUGACGGAGCGCGCGGCGAGGCGCUCGCCGUGGCGUACGAGCUGUGCCCGUACCUGCGCUUCGCGCACUUCGUGGCGAACGCGUCCAUCCUGGAAGCCUUCGAUGGAGAGAGCAACGUCCACGUGGUUGACCUCGGCAUGACAAUGGGCCUGAACCGCGGCCACCAGUGGCGCGCCCUGCUAGACGGCCUUGCCACGCGGGCCGGCGGCAAGCCGGCACGCGUGCGCGUCACCGGCGCCGGCGCCGGCUUGGACACCAUGAGGGCCGUCGGGCGCGAGAUCGAGGCGUACGCGGAGGAGCUCGGGAUGUGCCUUGAGUUCAGGGCCGUCGACCGCACCCUGGAGAGCCUCCACGUCGACGACCUCUGCAUCGAUGCCCACGAGGCCGUGGCCAUCAACAGCGUCCUGGAGCUGCACUGCGUGGUGAAGGAGAGCCGCGGCGCGCUCAACUCGGUGCUGCAGACCAUCCGAAAGCUCUCGCCGAAGGCGUUCGUGCUCGUGGAGCAGGACGCCGGCCACAACGGGCCAUUCUUCCUCGGGCGGUUCAUGGAGGCGCUCCACUACUACGCCGCCUUGUUCGAUGCGCUGGACGCGGCUCUCCCGCGCUACGACGCCCGCCGCGCGCGCGUGGAGCAGUUCCACUAUGGCGCCGAGAUCCGCAACGUGGUCGGGUGCGAGGGCGCGGCGCGCGUGGAGCGGCACGAGCGCGCGGACCAGUGGCGGCGCCGCAUGAGCCGCGCGGGCUUCCAGUCCAUGCCGAUCAAGAUGGCGGCCAAGGCGCGGGAGUGGCUGGAGGAGAACGCCGGCGGCAGCGGGUACACGGUGGCCGAGGAGAAGGGGUGCCUCGUGCUUGGAUGGAAGGGCAAGCCCGUCAUCGCCGCCUCGUGCUGGAAAUGCUAGAGACACUGAUCACAGCCUCUCGCCGGCCGGACACUUUUGCGGACCAUUUCAGAAUGUCCACAAUAUCCAUGAAUGGACUGGAUGUGAGAUUUUGAGGUGAUGAGGUGAGAGCCCGGGAAGAAAGUAUAUCUACAUAUAGAGUGGAUAAAUAAAGAGAAGCUCACAGGAGGAGUAUGCGUA